AUGGAGUUCAGCAUAGCCACAGCUCAGAGGCAGCCUGGCGGCGGAGGGGGCGUGACUAUGCAGAUGAGCCAGGGGGCGGGGCCUGCGCUUCGGUCCGUCAGUCGGAGCUGGGCGCUCGCGAAGGGAGGAGCUGCCGAGAGGCCCGGAACCGAGCGCCUCCCCCGACCCCCGUCCGUCCUGCCGAGCCCCGAGGAUGAUAAACACCCAGGACAGCCCCGCGUGGGACGCCUGUCUCAAAUUAUUUACUUGCUUCUGUCGGUGGAAGUCAUUUUGCAGUUUAAUUGCAGAGUGAUCAUUAGUGUCACAGUAGAAGCAGAAGUUCUGACUGAGGCAGUGAGAACUGCGGGGGAAACAGUGAGGGGGGAGAGUAGUAUUUUGCCUUUGAGUAACUGCCCUCAAGUCCAGUGCUGCAGGCACAUUGUCCCAGGGCCUCUGUGGUGCUCCGAUGCCCCUCACCCACUGUCGAAGAUCCCCGGUGGGCGAGGGGUUGGCAGGGAUCCUUCUCCCUCAGCUUUGAUAUAUAAGGAUGAGAAGCUCACUGUUAACCAAGAUCUUCCAGUGCAUGAUGGGAAACCACACAUUGUCCACUUCCAGUACAAAGUGACGGAAGUCAAGAUCUCUUCCUGGGAUGCAGUGCUGUCCGAUCAGAGUCUUUUUGUGGAAAUCCCUGAUGGUUUAUUAGCGGACGGGAGCAAAGAAGGAUUAUUAGCACUGUUGGAGUUUGCUGAAGAGAAAAUGAAAGCAAGUUAUGUCUUCAUUUGCUUCCGCAAAAGCAGAGAAGACAGAGCUCCAUUACUGAAAACGUUCAGUUUUUUGGGCUUUGAGAGUGUGAGGCCCGGGCACCCUUGUGUCCCGCCGCGACCAGAUGUGUUGUUCAUGGUCUACCCCCUGGAUCAGGUCUCUUCCGACGACGACUAGACCCCGUGCAGCACUUCAGAGGGACCUGAACAUGCUUCGGAGGAGAGCAGGGGCUCAGACCCCUUUUCUGAGGAAAGCAAAAACAAAACUCUCCUGGACUGAAACUGUAUUUCUUAUUGUUAGAGUGACCUGUAUAUCUCCCGAGUUGACUUUUCCAUUGAAAUGUGUUACCUAGCGAAUAAUAUAAAGUCUGCACAUUGUAACCGCACAAUCGUAAAUGGAAGGUAAAUGGAGCCCUUUCGUGACAGCUCCGUGGUCCGCCGGCUGGCUUCGUGGAGACCCCCCCCCGGUCCAACCGGGCUGUGAGGAGGGAGCUCGCCGGCGAAGAAGGGGGGACAGACAGGCUUUGUGGAUUGUUAAAAUUAGUGCUGGGCUUUUCUGUUCGUUUUGGCUCUCGUUUUACAUGUAUCUUUCUUUCAGCGUUCCCCUCACUCUCAAGCAGGGGACGGGAUGCUUUGGAGUGUUAGAGGCGCGAAGAAUGUGAGCCCUGUUUAGUCAAUCGGCGACGGCAGCAUCAGGGUAACCGAGGGGGGGGGGGGGGGGCUUGGGUUCUCGACAGCUUUGUGCUCUGCUAGCCUUACAGUAAGUAACUAUUAACUCUGCGUUAGUGCAGCUUUCAAUAAAAAAAAAGGGGCAUUCAAACAAAGCCGGGAAGCCGGGCCUGCUUUUUAAGCGGACGUGGAACAUGGCCUCGUAGCACACAGGCAUCAUCCUCAGAGGUGACCACAGGAGAGUUGCCGUCUGCUGUGAGACAGGGCUGGAGUGUGGAGUUAUUUCUUUUGGAGGGGGAGGGGAAGAGUUUGUAUUUAUACUCAGUGAUUUGUCUCUACUGUAAGAGAUCUCGAAAGCAGCUUACAAUCGCUCCCCCUUCUGCCUCUCCACAACAGACGCCUUGAGAGGUAGGUGGGGCUGAGAGAGUUCCCAAGAGCAUGUUCUGUCCUCAGUGUGGCCGUUUUGGUCUGCAAGAACAGAAGUGCACGGCGCGUGUACAAUACAGCGACAAAAACCUUUUAAUGACCUUGAAUGAUGGGGACCAGACGCCAUUUGCAAUUUCUUCCGCUGAUGUGGUCAUUUCUUGUACUAGAUCUAGGGUGCGGCUGGUACGAAAAGCAAAGAGGAUCCGAUCUAUUCCUGAGAGGAAACUGCGCUGCGAAACAGGCUCUGUCUUGAGCCAAUCGCGUGACCUCAUGCAAAGUAACGUUCACACGUAUUAUGUGCACUGGAUUGAGCUGGCGGGGCAGGCAGGAGGGCUAAACUUAUUUCACUGCUUUUACAGAAGUGGUGACUGGUAUGCGGCUUCGUGCCAGAGGGACUUUUUUUUAGGCCGGCAACAGCCGCUGCGCUGUCAGAGAGUAUCAAAACUAUAGGAAUAGUCUGAAAUUGCUCUAGAAGGCUGUUCUUGGAUCUGCUAAGGAGCUGUGAGAAGACUGUUGUUCGCCUGCCGAAGUGUGAGAGAGGUUUUCUUCGAGCCACAGCAGGGCAGACGACCGUUCGCCAUGGUGGUUUCCCAUCGGGUGAACUGUUCCGAAGCACCUCGGUUUCACUUCCUGACAUUCACGGUGUUAUUCCUCCCAUUUCCUUUUUCUGUGUCAUGGCGUGUGUGGCCCCCCCCCCCCUUUCAACAACAUAUUCCUGGCGUUUUUGUUACUCCCUUGAGUUCCGAUGGCUCUUUUGUAUUUGGCUUUAGGUAUUUACGUGAGUGACGCUUCUGUAAGUGGCGAUUCUUCGCUGACUGUACCUUUGAACUGCAUUUAUCUAGCUUGUCACCGGAGCGUCCUUCCGAAGACUCAUCGUUAAUCUUGCAGCUUCAAAAUGUCUCGGUCCUCAUCUCUGGUUGUCAGCCAUUCAAGGGAUGCUUUGUCUGACUAUGUACGGAGGAUUUCCUGUCAUUUCAUGCUGUAGUUCACCCCUCUUCCCCACCCUCUCCAGCUGGAUAAUUCCCCAUCCUUUGACUACUGUAUAAGCAGUAAACGUUAGUCUUACUACAA